AUGAAAUUGAAAUUUGAUCCAUUCACACCACCCAAACUAUAUAUACAACCAGAUGAAUCUUUAUACGAAAAUAUAAUAAAAAAAUUUCAUGAAAUUUAUCCCGUUAAAGAUUUUAAAAAACCACAAUCAAACUCAAAUCAUUCAAUCGAUACAAAUAAAAAGCGUAAAUUGAAUCAAGAUAGUGAAGCAGAAUCUUCUAUAAAUGUAAAUGAUCAGGGAAAGACAAAGAUGAAUGAAGGAAAAACCGAAUCAUUAUCAUCUAAAAUCAAAAAAGUAAGAUUUAGGGACUUAGAUAAACCUUCAGUAGAAGAAUAA